AUGCCAUCCGCCAACACUCUUCCAGCCAAUGGAAAUGGCCUUCAGCAUGACAAUGCCACCGCAGCAAAGGCACUUCAGACCUCUGAAGAGCUGGUGGCUGCCCUUCAAGCCACCAACACGGCACCUCUGUGGGCCCAGAUGCAACGCCUGAACCCACCAGCACCCAACCCCCAGACUGUCCCACAUCUUUGGGCCUACGACAAGAUUAAGCCAUAUCUUCUUAGAGCUGGCCAGCUGAUUACCGAGAAGCAAGCUGAAAGGCGCGUUCUGAUGCUUGCCAACCCUGCCCGAGCUGCGCCAUACACUACGGAUACCUUGUACGCAGGCCUUCAACUUGUCCAGCCUAAAGAGACGGCCCCUGCGCAUAGACACACUGCAUUUGCCUGCAGGUUUAUCAUUGAGGGCACUGGCGGCUUCACAGCAGUUCAUGGCAAGCGAGUCCCGAUGCGUCCUCGCGACGUGAUCGUCACCCCGACGUGGAACUGGCACGACCACGGAAAGAAGGGAGCGGAUGAGGAAGGCGGAGAUGAUCAGCCUGUCAUUUGGCUGGAUGGACUCGACCUCCCCAACUUCAUCCACUUUCCUCUGCACUUUGUGGAGCACUACUCUGCUGCACGCUAUCCGGCCGAGGAUGUGGAUGAUUCUGAAAUUGUUUAUCCGUGGGACAAGAUGCAAGCGAGGUUGGAUGCUAGCCCUGAGAAGUGGACAUCUGAAGCGUACCUCAAGCCCAAUGGAGCUGAAAUUGGCAAGAUCAUCGGUGCCUCAGCCGAGAGACUUGAUCCGGGUGCCUCCUCUCCAGAGAUUCGUGAGACUUCUUCAGCUGUGUAUCACGUCAUUGAAGGCUCCGGAUCAACUACGAUUGGAGACACAGUCCUCAACUGGAAGCAGGGGGACACAUUCUGCAUCCCCACUUGGCAUGCGUAUCAGCACCAUGCGGAUGAGGAAAGAGUGUAUCUGUACAGAUUCGAUGACAAGCCCAUGCUUAGAGCGCUUGGCUUCUAUCGUGUCGAGGGUGUUGAUGUCGAGACUUAUGUGUCUGACUAG